AUGAGAAAAGUGCGAAGCCCCUUCUUUGGUUUGGAUUGUUCUGUUUUGACGCAUAUUAGGUUAGAUUUACGGGCUCUUCUGAAAAUUCUUCUCAAGCUGAACGCAUUUUGUCAGAUUUUUCCGUCAAAUUGGUGGAGGCGGACGCUCCAUACGAAACCUUCCUCGCCUGGGUACUUACUUGAUAGGAUCUGAGGUGUGACCACUAACAAGAGGUGAUUUCCCCCAACAGGGACAUGAUCGUAUUAAAAUCGGAGACUUGACAUUAUCCCCUAGUGGAAUUGGAUUGUCCUUUAUUUUAUUUGUAGUGCUUCUUUCAAUUAAGUUUCUGUCUGGAGGAUCCUCAUUGUCUCCUUUUGAGACUUUCUGAGGAAAGGUAGUCCGUGUUUGCUGUUUCUACGCAGCUGGUUCAGGAUUUGAUUGGGUUGAUUAGUUAUCCACAGAGACAAGAAAGCUCUUCACUUUUCGAAGCGAAUAUCACUUCUCUAUCAAAUAUAUUCACUUUUUUGGGUUGAUGGUGAUGCUGGAAUGUGAGAGUAAGGGUCUACUGUUGAUAGUAUUAUGCUUAAAUUAAGGGAUAGGCAAGGCCCUGCAGGCUUCUUGUAUUGGCAAGCUCUGAAUCGCCACCACCAUCGUCAACUCAUGGCCUAUUUGAUGCGCUAUGAACCUUCCUCCUUCUUCAACAAGGCCUUUUCUAAAAUCCCGGGUCUUUCCUCUGACUACAGUUCAUCCCCAUUUCUUCAGAAGCUAGUCUAUUCUAAAGUUUGUCGAGUUAACAGAAGCAUUUACACUGUUAAAGGUUGCUUCGACUCCAAUGUGUACAGUAACAGUGUUUUCCUCAAGACGAAAGCUCGCGGCUACACAUCUCUCCCUCACUCGCCUUUGUUAGCUGAUUUAGAGGAUAUUUCUAGUCGGAGUGAUGGUCUUGACGCAGCUGUUAUUGAUGUUGACAAUAGAUCGUCGUCUGCAAGUCCUGCUAAACCUCUUAGUUUCCAGGAUCACCGUUUGUCCCAAAAAUUUGUUGUUGCCGUUGACGUUGAUGAGGUAUUAGGCAACUUCCUGUCAGCUCUCAACCGGUUCAUUGCAGAUCGAUACUCAUCUAAUUAUUCAGUUUCUGAGUAUCACGUGUAUGAGUUUUUCAAGAUAUGGAACUGUUCACGAGAUGAAGCGGAUGUCCGUGUUCAUGAGUUUUUUAAGACGCAAUAUUUCAUGUCAGGAAUCCAGCCUAUCCCAGGUGCUCGGAAGGCCCUUGAGGAGUUAUCAACAUCUUGUAGCCUCUCAGUUGUAACGUCUCGGCAGAAUGCAAUCAAGGAUCACACAAUUGAGUGGAUAGAGGAGUAUUAUCCGGGACUCUUUCAGGAGAUUCACUUUGGGAAUCAUUUUGCUCUGGAUGGCUUGUCCAGACCCAAGUCAGAGAUUUGUAGGAGCAGGAGUUUAGGGGCUAAGGUUCUGAUUGAUGACAACCCAAGAUAUGCUGUGGAGUGCGCUGAAGCUGGAAUUCGGGUGCUGCUUUUUGAUUACCAGAAUUCAUAUCCUUGGUGUAACACUGAUGUGGCUGAUGGGCAUCCCCUCAUCACCAGAGUCACUAACUGGCAACAAGUGCAGCAGCAAUUUGUGUCAUUGUUAGCUUCAUAGUAUGUAUCCUCAUUCUUGCGUCUAAACUUCCUCAAGGAAGCCACAUGAUCACCAUCUUACGUAGCUCACCAAACAGCCCAUUUAUCUCAUUCAAGGAUCUCCAAAUCGUAAAACGA